AUGCAUUAUCCUAGCCUCGGCUAUCCUGCUGAGCAGCCCGCGACGCAAAAGUUCAAGAUGAUGCCCAAACCCUCUAUUCGACAAAAGCCACAGACUAAAUCUAGUGAGCCAAGGUCUUUUGACCCCAACGAGCUCACCAAGCGGCUUAACAAGGUGCUCGCCGAGCAGAAAGCCGGCACAGACAAGAAGCGCCGCGUAAAGAGCUCAACUACAGAAAAGGUCUCUCACGGCGCCAGCAGCAACAGCCACGCCAAGAAGGCAGACGUUUCUGUGGGCCUGCAAAAGCACAAGGAGAGCAAAGCCCCUGUUCUCAAGCAUUCUAAAACAAAGCUACGCGCAUUACAUCACGAGACCCGUGAGUCGGACAAGGACAGGUUGAGGAGAAAGGAAGCCCGCAAGGCGAGCAAGCCUAGAGAUUCUUGGUCCAACGAAGACAGUGAUGUCUUUGGUGAGGACGGUCACUAUAUACCACAAGUCGCGGCAUCGCAAUUUGCCAACACUACCAUAGGCGAUUCCCCUCCCGAGAAGAACCUUGUCCACAAGCUCUCCAAAGUAGCCAUGAAAUUCCACAUGCAGGGUCCGGGCACCAGCAAAGAGGCCCCGGCAUCUAGCGCCAACUCCAACCCGGCAUCCCAGGCCGCGGCCAUUCGAAGAGCCCAGAGCACGCGGGAGCGCAACUAUACCCGCAACCAGUUCCAGCACCCGUCGUCUCUCCUUGCCGGUGAGGGCGCCAAUGCCUCCAGCCCUCUGACAGCGUCUCCCGCCCACUUCACCAUUGCCGAUAUAGACAAGCAGCUCAAGGAGGAUCGCAGAAAGAGCACUGGAAGCAUGCUCGGCAAGUCGGAAGGGCGAAUUCCCACCGUCAGCUUCCGCAGUGAUUUUGGCUUCGACAAGCAGGCCACUGUUGACCACGCCGAGCUGGCUGCUACCACCGAGUCUCACCGUGUCGACUGGACCCAAAGCGAUGAAUCGGCCUUUGAGCACCGACGAACAUCGCUGUCGCUGCGUAAGCCAGAAUCGCGCUGGUCCAUCCGCGGACGGCUGGGAAGCUUCACCAAGAAUGCAAAGGACGACAAGGCCCCGGCGCUUGCCAUUCCACCACCAAUCACAUCAGGUGUUGCACUUGUUGCAUCCCCAACUUUGUCGCAGGGCGCUACUCUCCCAGUAGCAGCUCCUGUAGCCCCUGUGGCUCCUGUAGCUUCUGCCAUUCCAGCAACUACUACUAUUACCACUACCACUACUGCUGCACCAAUACCGGCACCAGCACCAGCAGCAAGCGAGGAAAAGGCCGGAGCAGCUGCACUGUCUCCCAAGACUGGCUUCUUCGCUCGCUUCAAACGAUGA